GUAGCUCGGUCUCCAAGGAGAUGGGCUGGUUCUUGCGUUUGCAGCAGUCAUUGGCUGGGGACCUGACGGGCUGGGGCUUAAAACCGUGAGCAAGUGAAUUAUGUGCAAGUCCUUUCUGACUGGGGCAUUCGCAGCUCACGCAGCAGAGCGUAGAGGAGUAGACCGAGGCAGAGAGGAGAAUACCACGAGGGAGCCAUGGAGAAUCCACUCCAGUAUGAGGAUUAUAAGAAAACUGCUGAGUGGCUUUUAUCCCAUACCAAACAUCGACCUGAAAUUGCAGUCAUCUGUGGUUCUGGAUUGGGGGGCUUGGCAAAUAAACUGACCCAAUCCCAGGCCUUUGACUACAAAGAGAUACCUAACUUCCCCCAAAGCACAGUACCAGGACAUGCCGGGCGGUUGGUAUUUGGAUACUUAAAUGACAAAUGCUGUGUGAUGAUGCAAGGCCGGUUCCACAUAUAUGAAGGUUACCCACUCUGGAAGGUAGCAUUCCCUGUGAGAGUUUUCCGACUUAUGAAUGUACACACUUUAAUUGUCACCAAUGCUGCUGGUGGGCUGAACCCUGAAUAUCAAGUUGGGGAUGUUAUGUUGAUCCGAGAUCAUAUCAACUUGGCAGGCCUCAGUGGUCAAAAUCCACUCAGAGGCCCCAAUGAUGAGAGGUUUGGAGAAAGGUUUCCUCCCAUGUCUGAUGCCUAUGACCGGAUUCUGAGACAACAGGCCCAUUGUAUAUGGAAAGAAAUGGAACAGGAACGACCAUUGCAGGAAGGAACCUAUGUUGUAGUGGGAGGACCCAACUUUGAAACCAUUGCAGAGUGCCGCUUUCUGCAGAAACUAGGAGCUGAUGCUGUUGGCAUGAGCACAGUGCCAGAGGUGAUAGUGGCCAGGCACUGUGGCCUUCGAGUCUUUGGAUUCUCCCUCAUCACAAAUAAAUCAGUAAUGGACUAUGAAAACCAGGAGACUGCCAAUCAUGAAGAAGUACUAGUGGCUGGGCGCCUGGCUGCCAAGAAGUUGGAGCAACUUGUCUGUCUGCUUGUGGAAAACAUGCAGGCGCCAUCUGAGAAGACUUUUUGACCCACAGACUGCCUGGCCUCCUCGGUUCCCUGCUGUCCACUUGGCAUUCCAGACAGUGAUCGACUUUACUCCCUUGCUUGAGCCAUUUAGCUUUCUGCCUUGAGGUUGUGGUAGAAAAGUGAGAAGUGUUGGUAUUCUGUCUCCUUGGAAUAUCUACUUAUCCUUUCAGAUCCUUCCUAAUGGUACCUAAUUCUCUUUUAUUCCAUUAGUCUCUUCCCUACCAUGGAAAACUGGAUCAUUCCAUUGUACUCCUAUCCCUAGCUAGCAUCCUUCAUUCCAUCUCCAGUGGACUCAUCUAGGAAUUAAGCUAAGGCUGCUGCUAAUGUUUUGAAAAGACUACUCGUACAUUCCCGAGUCUUCUGCCAUCUCAUGAUUUCCGAGGCCCUUUGUGGUCCAGACCAGUUUGUGUUACAAACUUAGUACUAUGUGGGAAUAAAAAGAUAGACAGAAAUGUUUCUGCCUUUCUGUUGAAGACUUGACAGGGUGGGAAACAAGAGUUUUAGGUUGUGAGAAUAUAUCUGUAAAUAUGAUGAUGACAAAAGGUAUACAGACUUCUUAGACAAUAAAGAAUGGAUGUUUCUCUAGUUGUAUAUUAGUAAAUUAUGCUUAGGACCUUCAACAAGUACACAGGGAGCAGUGUUUUCUUUAACUUAGACUGUUUUAAUUCAAUUCACUUAGACACAUAUUAAGUACCACUGUGUGCAGGGAACUGUUAGGAUAAAUAAUAGAUAAUUUCUCACUGUCAAAGGGCAUUUGUGGUAGGGGAAUAUGAGAUGUAAAUGCACAAUAGGACAUAGAAUAAUAUUUUAGAGUCAGGAAAGAAUUUGGAGUUAACUCAUUUACAAAUGAGGAAACAAAAGGAGAAAUUCUGUCAUAUAGCCAGUUAGCCUACCAGCUGUAGAAAACCACAAGAACACAUACAAAGAUAUAGGAAAAAUUCAAGGACCAGUAAAUUAUCUCCCUUCUUAGGGUUUCUUAAGGACAAUUGUAUGGAUAAGGUUAAAAAGUUUUUAAUGCCUGGCCAAAGAAUCUGAGUCCCAGUCUAUAAAAAAUGAGAAAUUAUUGCAAAUUUUUAGCAAGAGAGAGAGUGAGCACCGUAGUGAGCCUAAUACAUUAAGAAGCUGUCUAGUAGCACUCUAAAUUAGGACAGAAAUAGAGACAAGUCCGAGGUCAGUUUAAAAGAUGGACAGUAAUCCAAUUGAAAUGCAACAGGCAUGAACUUAGCUGGUGACAGUACUGAUACAUUUAAGAGAUGAUUGGAAGUAAAAUCCAUAAGAUUUGGCAACAGAUUUGGGAGGGUUAGGAAGAAUCUAGAAUGAUCCUCAAUAUCCUGGCCUUGGGAAAGUUGAAAAAUAAUGGUAUUGUUAAAUAGAAAUUACAAAGAUAGAAUGGUGAAUUUUAUGGGGAAAAAGGGAUGAGUUGUUGAGUUUGACUUGGUCUAUGAUGUCUAGUUGCAGCUAUGCAGUAGCAGAUAUAGAUAGAAAUGUAGACCUGGAGCUUAGGAGAAGUCGGAACAAAAGAUAGAUCUGUGAAUCACUGACAUAGAGGUUUAUAGUUCUGGGAGUAGAUAAUGGAGAUACAGGGGCUGAGAGUGGGGAAGGAAGAGUUUUUCCUUUUAGGUGACAGGAAGAGGAUGGAGACCCAGUAACCAAAGUGUAAAACAAGUGUCAAAGGGGUCAGAUUUUUCACAAAGGCAAGAAAGGAUGAGAACAAGAAAGUUCCAUUGGUUUGGCAAUUAAGAGGUCAUUGGCAAUUUCAGAGAAUAAUUUCCCAAGAGUGAUGUAACAGUUAGUCAGAUUAUAGGGGGUUGGAUAAGCAAGUAGUCAGGACUUAACCUUUUAACUUAAUUCAACUAAGGAAUUAGGGGUUCUCUUAUAUAUGGCAUUUUAGCUAUGGAUGAAACAAAGGAAGUAAUUGUUUUCUGUUUUCCUGAUAGCCAAAAUGUUAUACCAAGGUAAAACUCUGAAACUGAUCUGGCACCCUUCUACUUUUCAGCAGGAUUUCCCUAACUCCUGAUGGCUUUUGCUCCCAGAGAAAUUAGUGGUCUUAUGAUACCUUAUGGCAGGCUGGAACCUCUAUUCUUGUUCUGGUUCCUAGCCAGUGCCCUGUGCUCUUACCCUUUUCUAUCUAGCUAUUAACAAAAGGAAAGAGUGGUUUUAUUUCUAUAUCAGGAUGUCUGACUUUCUUACUUAACUGUUCUCAGCCUAUGCAAUAUUGUGAUAUUUCAUGGUUAGCACCACCCCACCACCAAAAUAGUUGCUUCAUAAAAUUUUCCAUUAGCAUCUGCUUUUUCUCUCUGCCAGAACAGACAGAAAUUAUGGUUUGAGACUACCUACUGAAUUUUUCUCUUCUGGAUAAGCAUCUAACUAUAAUUUCUUUAUAUUAAUUAGAGAAAAGGCUCAACUUCAGGGUACCUGUUAGGAUGAGUGCAUUUGACCCAAAAGUGUCUAGUGCCUUUUUCAGGACCAAAUAUAACUUAAUUAUUAGCAAGUGUGUAGAAAGUAAUAAUAGGCCAUGAGAGUUGCAGUGUUUGGGAAGACAAAUUCAAAUAAAAGCUUACUGGUAUCCUAACUACAAAGCUCAGCUAGAGGAGGACAUGCACUCUACUGGGAGUGUGUUGAGUUCUUUAUGGGGUAAAGUGGCUACCUAAUUUCAUUUUCAUUUGAAAGAAAUUGAGUCAUUUUGUGGUGUCCUAACAUUAGUUAGCAACAAGAAGGCAAAGAGAAAAAUUAAUCCUGGGAGAAACUUGUAGCCAAACUCCAUAUGCCUUUAUUCUUAUCAUUCCCUUUCCCUGAAGUGUUCUGGGAAACAAUUCUUUUCCCUUUUACCACCUGAAAGAGAUAGUAACUCUUCAAGAGGGCUUACCUAAAACUCCAUUAAAAUUAUAGUUCUUUGGUUUUUGAAUAGCCCUUUGUACUUGUCCUAAUGUUUUUAUAUAUUCUAUUUUACAUGAUAGUUCUGGAUAUUCAUCAUAUUGUCAGUUUGUAUAUUUUACAUCUCCCCUACGUGAUUGUAAAGCUCUAUGAGAAUAAUAUUAUGCCUUAAUUGCAUUUUUAUUUAAUUAAAUCACCUAAUUUAGUAAGUCUUAAUGUUUUUAUAUAUUUAUAGUUCUGGAUAUUCAUCAUAUUAUCAAUUUGUAUGUUUCACAUCUCCCCCACAUGGUUGUAAACUCUAUGAGAAUAAUAACUAUGCCUUAAUUGCAUUUUUAAAAUUGCAUUAAUCACCUAAUUUAUAUUUAAUAAAUGGAUGAAUGGAAUGAAUGAAAACAACUAUAAGUAAUGCAAAUAUAUAAUAGUGCUUUAUGGGGCUUUGUACAAAGAGCUUUUCUUACACCAAUCAAUAAAUUGUUUGCAUUU